GACGUGAACACACGAGAUGUUCUGGACCGUUUUCCUGCUUGUCCAAGCUGUGCUGCUUUAUUUUAUCCUCACACACAGGUCGAGAUCCAAGACAGAUCCACCUUUAGACAAAGGAGUGAUCCCAUGGUUAGGCCAUGCACUUGAGUUUGGAAAAGAUGCCUCCAAGUUCUUGAAUCGAAUGAAGCAGAAACAUGGAGACAUUUUCACAGUGCGUGUUGCUGGGCGUUAUGUGACAGUGCUGCUUGACCCGCACUCCUACGACACGGUCAUCAAUGACUCAGACUCCCUGGACUUCAGUCGCUAUGCCCAGGUCCUCAUGGAGAGGAUCUUCAACCUGCGGCUGCCGCAUCACCAGCCGGCCAGAGCAAAAGAGAUGAUGAAAAAGCACUUCCAGAGAAUGAAUUUGGCCGCCCUGAACGGCACCAUGAGCAGAUACCUGCAGGCCUCGCUGAAUGCCGACAUGCCUCAGAACCAGAAAAACUGGAAAGAGAAGGGACUCUUCGACUUAUCUUACAGCGUACUUUUCAAGGCGGGGUACCUGACGCUGUUCGGAGGAGAGCAGAACAACAACGGCACUGAUCCCUCAAGCGUCUACGAGGAGUACAAGAAGUUUGAUGAACUCUUGACCAAAAUGGCCAGAGGCACGCUGAAGCCAGAGGAGAAGAGGACAGCCCACAGUGUUCGCCAGAGACUGUGGGAGCUUCUGGCUCCAGCAGGUCUGACUGAGGAUUCAGGGUCGAGCCCUUGGCUUCACGCCUACAGGCGGCUCCUGCACGAGGAGGGGACGGAUGAAGAGACGCAGAAGAAAGCGGUGCUAAUGCAACUGUGGGCCACACAGGGUAAUGUUGGUCCUGCUGCAUUUUGGCUGCUGGGCUACUUGUUGACAAAUCCCGAAGCUCUGGCAGCAGUGAAGAAGGAGUUCAGCGGGAUCUCGCCGAUGGAAACCUCGGAGACCUCAUUACUGGACGGACCUGUGAACACCCCUGUGUUUGAGAGCGUCUUGGAAGAGACACUCAGACUCACCGCUGCCCCCUUCAUCACCAGAGAGGUAGUGCAGGAAAAGACCCUCCACAUGGCUGAUGGCCAAGAGUACCUGCUGAGGAAAGGAGACAGGGUGUGUUUGUUUCCCUUCAACAGCCCCCAGAUGGACCCUGAGAUCUACCACGAGCCACAGAAAUACAAGUACGAUCGCUUCCUGAACCAAGAUGGAUCGCUGAAGAGAGAUUUUUAUAAAGGAGGGAGGCGGCUGAAAUAUUACACCAUGCCAUGGGGCGCAGGGACCAAUGGCUGUGUGGGAAAGCAGUUUGCCAUCAAUACCAUCAGACAGUUUGUUUACAUGGUGUUGACUAACUAUGAUUUGGAGCUGUGUGACCCAAAUGCUCACAUGCCGGAGGUAAAUGCCAGUCGUUAUGGAUUUGGGAUGCUACAACCAGAGGGGGACUUGCCUGUCCGAUACAAGCCUAAGAAUAAACACUAGGACUUUGAAAACAACAACACAUUAUCUUGUAUGCACAUUUCAACACUUUGUUUAUAGUGUCAAUAUGCCAUUUGUACUUUUGUAUUCCAUAUUUAUAUUAUAAAGUAUAUAAUUAUUUUGUUAUUUAUCAAUAAAUGUA